AACUGGUGUCGCUCCAGAGACGUUCACGCGCCUCCGCCUCCGCCCACGUGACCAGAGGAGCUGUUUAUGUUCCACACUGUGACGUCACUCUGUGGAUCUGUCUGUGGCUCGAGCUCCUCAGUCUCUGUUCAGAAGUUUAAUGCCGCAUUGUGGAACAUUUCAGACAAAAGUAUAAAUCUGUUUCCAUGGAGACGCGUGCGCGUGUGUGCGGACCGUGUGGACACAGGGACGCGCGUGCUCGUCCUGAAAAAAAAGCUCAAACACGCGCGCUCCCGAACCAGAACCUGACCACGUGCACGAGCCCAGAGACUUCUCUGUCCACGCGCCACAACCCGGACCCACGCGCACUCACGCGCACUCACGCGGGCUCAUCCGGGUCUCGGACCUCGGACCCCGGACCCCCCCCCUUUGUUUUCCUGAGCGCGCGGGGCGUGGGGGGGCGGGGCGCACAUGGCUCGUGUUGUUGUUUCUCCCUGUGUGCACGUGAGCCGUGAGCGCGCUCCUGAGCGCUCCGCGUGCACGAGAGACUGAAGAAAAACAGAAGAGAAGAAAGAAGAGAAACAGAAGAGAAACAGAAGAGAAACAGAAGAGAAACAGAAGAGAAGCUGAAGUUGAAGUUGAGUCGCGGACUGAAGCGGAGCGGUGAUGUCAGAGCCGCGCGUGUUCCCGGUGUGGCGGGGCAUCUGGGCCAGAGGCUCCGGCGGGGGGUGGAGCGAGGCGUGGGAGCGCCGUCUGCGGUGGGACCCUCGAGGCUCCGGGCGCGGCGGCGGCGGCGGCAUGGGCCCCGUGUGGCUCGUCCUCUGCCGAGGAGCCAUCCCCUCACACCUCAGGCUCCUGCCGCCGCUCUUCAACAUCCACCAGGUCCCCAAGGUGGUGCAGGAGGACAGCAUCAUGUCUGGGUACCGGGAUCCGUGCAGUUCGGCUCUGGACUGUGUCCUGAGCAGCUUCCAGAUCCACAACGAGACCAUCAACAUCUGGACCCACUUCCUGCCCACGUGGUACUUCGUGUGGCGUCUGGCGGCGCUCUGCUCGUGCCUGGACUUCGGCGCUGACCCGUACAGUUGGCCGCUGCUCGUCUACAUGCUGCUGAUCUGCGUGUACCCGUUCACCUCCAGCUGUGCCCACACCUUCAGCGCCAUGUCCACCCACACCUACCACAUCUGCUUCUUCUUCGACUACGGCGCGCUCAGCCUCUACAGCCUGGGUUGUGCCAUCAGCUACGGGCACUACGUGAUGCCCGAGUGUUGGGUGAACACCCGACUCCAGCGCUGGUUUGUGCCCGUGGCUCUGAUCAACUCCCUGUUCUGCACCAGCCUGUCCUGCUACUCCCGGUUUGUGGAGCUGCGUUCUCCUCAGAGGAGUAAAGUUCUGCGCACGGCCGCCUUCGUCGUCCCCUUCAUCUUCGACACGCUGCCUCUGGUCCACAGGUUGUGUCUGUGCUGCGGCGGCGGUUGUUCUCACUCUCAGGCUCUGUCCAGUCACUCGUAUCACCUGCUCUUCGCUCUUCUCACCUGUUUCCUGUUCACGUCGCACCUGCCGGAGCGACUGGCCCCCGGACGCUUCGACUACAUCGGUCACAGUCAUCAGUUGUUCCACGUCAGCGCGGUGGUGGGGACACACUUUCAGAUGGAGGGGGUGUUGGCGGACAUGUCCUCGCGGCGCACGUGGCUGCUGGACCACGGGGGGGCGCCGUCCUUCGCCGGGACCAUCGGCGCGCUGCUCUUGGGCCUGACCCUCAACCUCCUGAUCAUCGGGUUCUUCAGCGUCCCGUUGCUCUGGAAACGCUCCCGGGACGGAGUGAAGGACCCGAACGCCGCCGGGAAACGCCGCCGGGACCGCCUGCACCUGCCCACGCCUGCACCUGCCCACGCCUGCACCUGCCCACGCCUGCACCUGCCCAUGCCUGCACCUGCCCACGCCUGCACCUGUCUGAGGACCAGGCUACAUGAACGUUCUGGGUCCAAACCUCCGUCCAGUUUGUGUUUCGUGCUCAGACGCUUCUCUGUCCCACUGUCCAGGUUUAAGGUUUACAUUUUACUCUCACACAGGGCACAGGGCACAGGGCACAGGGCACAGGGCACAGGGCACAGGGCACAGGGGAGAGAAGAGGACACAUGGUAGAAGGCUGUGGGGAGGGCACAGGGUGGAGGGCAGCUGGUACAAGGUAGAGAGCGACAGUUGAGGGCAGUGGGCAGUGGGCACAGGAUGGAGGGUACAUGGAAGA